AUGGCCAGUGCAACCGAUAAAAAUGCCCGCUAUGGCGAACGCCACCACUCUUCGCGUCAUGAUGGGACCGAACGUGACUAUGGUAGACAUCGUGAAGGCGACCGGGACAGGGAUCGCGAGAGGGACAGGGAGCGGUACGAGUCUCGCCGCCACGGUGAUCGCGAGAGGGACCGCGAACCCAGGGACAGAGAUCGUGAGCGCCACGGGGACAGAGAUCGCCAUGCUGGCCGUGGUGGACGGGGGGAGUUUGACGAGUACGCCCCUCGACGGACUCGCCACGAUGAUGAUCGCCGUCGGGAGCACAGGGGUCCUGAAGAAGCCGGGAUGGGGCCUACUGGAGGCUACCGUGGCCGACGCGAUGAAGGAGAAGGAGGCGAUAGGAGAGGCAGAGGCAGGCACCGCGAUGGAUUAGGCACCCCAGAAAGGAGGUCACCCACGCCUCCCGACGCUACACCUUUGUUACAAAGGAAAAGGAAGGCGAGUGGCUGGGAUGUACACGCUCCUGGUUAUGAACAAUAUACUGCGAUGCAGGCGAAACAAACAGGCUUGUUCAAUCUUCCAGGUGCUAACCGAACGCAGAUUCCGCCCAUCUUAGCCAUCCCGGGGUUACCGCCCCCAAUGCCCGUGCAAAGCUUUGGAAUGGGUAUAGGCGGGAAUCCCAACCUUUCCAGGCAGUCUAGGCGACUAUACAUUGGCAGCAUCACGCCGGAUAUUAACGAACAGAAUCUUGCUGACUUCUUCAAUUCGAAGAUGAAGGAAAUGAGCAUUGGUACAGGUGGCCCCGGUAAUCCGGUGCUCGCAGUUCAAUGCAACUACGAGAAAAAUUAUGCAUUCGUCGAGUUCCGUAGCGCGGAGGAUGCGACUGCCGCCAUGGCAUUCGACGGCAUUAUUUUCAUCAAUGGUCCGUUGAAGAUCCGACGCCCCAAGGAUUAUGGUGGUAUGGAUUCGAUAGCGCCCAGCAUGCAUGUGCCGGGUGUUGUCUCCACGAAUGUGCCUGAUUCUAUCAAUAAAAUUUUCGUCGGCGGUCUUCCGACGUAUCUCAAUGAGGAGCAAGUCAUGGAGCUACUGAAGAGUUUUGGUGAUUUGAAGGCUUUUAACCUGGUGCGCGAGAACGGGAAUGGUCCCUCGAAGGGCUUCGCAUUCUUUGAAUAUGUAGACCCAGGUGUUACAGAUGUUGCCAUUCAAUCACUGAGCGGAAUGGAGUUGGGCGACAAAUUCCUCGUCGUCCAGCGUGCGUCUGUUGGUGCCAAACCUGGCCAGCCGCCCAUUCCUGGUCUGUAUGAUCAGGUGGAGAUCCCGCGACCAAUUCUCCCUGCGGGGGAUGUGGAAGGGACAGACGCACGAAUUUUGCUCAUGCUCAACAUGGUCGUUCCGGAGGACCUCACAGACGAUCAGGAAUAUGCGGACGUAUACGAAGAUGUCAAAGAGGAGUGCUCAAAGUACGGUCUUGUCGAGGACCUGCGCAUCCCGCGACCAGUCAAGCGUGACAAGGCGAAGUGGGGCGAAGGCGGUCAUGAGAGCGCUAUCACUGCACAGCGGAUUGACGAGGCGGCUGGUGUCGGCCGCGUUUACGUGAAGUUUACAGAAUCGUACAGCGCAGCCCAAGCUUUGAAAGCUCUUGCAGGGCGGAGCUUUGCUGGACGCAGUAUAAUCGCAACGCUGCUAUCAGAGGACAGCCAGACGACGCCUCCGCUGAACUUGGUUUUUGCUCCUCAGCCUGAGGCACCUCCCCCACUGCCCCAAGAUUAA